UACUAUUCUAUUAAAAUGUUUAUGAAUGAUUCACUUUAUGAAGCAUAUGUUUAUGCCUUUGAUUUUAUUGUUUUAGGGUAUCAACCUAAAUGUGGUCCAAGUUACUUCCAACAACCAAAUGGCCUUCAUUCACGUCUGAUUACUGAAGGUUUCGAGUUGGCAAGUAAUAAGGCAUUAGAUGUCCAUGAGGCGGUGAAGGUCAAGCGUGAAAUUGAUGAUGAUACAUUGAUCCAGGUGGCCCCCACCUCACUGAUAACCAAAGUUAACCAAAAAUUGACGGAGAAGAAUGUUGAGACGUCAAAAAACAUACUCAAGGAAGAACUGAAGUUAUCGUUUGAUGCUGAACGAUUAGAUAUCACCACUAAGUACGAAUCUGAAUGUAAUAAACUCAGGGAGGAAUUAAAAAAGAUGUGUGAAGAAAGGGACAAAAUAUUAAAUAUUCAUACAGAAUGGCAGGGACAACUUGAAUCCUAUAUACAACAGAUUAACCAACUUGAGAGAGAGGUUGAGCAGCACAAGACCCAGCUAAGAACAGCAAACACUGAGAUUGGAUCUGGACAAAGUUCAUCCCUUCAAAACUCUAUGACCUCACAGACUGCUUCCAAUGUUAGUGCUCUUGUCUCACUACAACAGAAUGCCUUGCAUGAUAAUUUGGGUCCCAGUCGAACAGAAUUAACCAGUGUUACAGGAAGUGGUUUAUCGUUUAUGAAAGGAAGUAGUUUAUCAGCAGGGUCACAGUCUGUUGCUGGUCCCUCAAAUGCCAUUCCAGCAUCAUCGGUGUCCCAAAAUGCAAUGUUACAACAAAGACAGAAGCCUCAAAGAUCAAAGUUACCACCACCAUCAAAGAUUCCAGCAUCAGCUGUUGAGAUGCCUGGUUAUAUGAUGACAACAUUGGACGUUCAGUUUGGUAACCUCGAGUUCGGUUCUGACAGCUCAGCAUUCUCAUUUAGAGGAAAUGAAUCUGUUAAUAGUGCUUUCACUAGUGCUGAUUCUAACAGCAUAUCAACUGUAAAUGAUCAUGGCGGUGCAACUGUGGGUCAGGUACAGAAUUUAAGUAAAACGAGCGAGUCACUGAUAUCAGGCGGAGUUGAACAAAGUUCUCCUAGGAGCAGUUCCCUAUGUCAGCAGUCACCAUACACAACACGAACCAAACAGAACCAGGUUAGAGAGAGAUUAAGCGUUGCUCUCGAGAGAGUUUCAACCCUAGAGGAGGAGCUUGCCACUGCCAACCAGGAGUUGUUUACAUUACGGGAACAGCAAACAAAAUCCCGCCAUUCCAGCGGCUCUACAGAGGAUGGUAGACAUUCAGUGAAGAAUGACCCGACAUCACCCCCACCUAGCUCAGAUCAUACUGUAGAAAAAGAUCAUCAUCCAAAGAGAUUAUCAAAUGGAUCUAUAGACCCGGAUUCUGAUGUGAAUAGAGUUAUAGAAUUACAAGAAACUGUUGAAAAACAGAACUCUGAACUUACAAAUACGCGAACAAAAAUGUUAGAAUUGAACAAUAAGUUUACUGAAAUUGAGGAGAAUUAUACAACUGCACAAAAGGAUUUAAUCAAAGCUCAGGAACAAGUUGUGAAACUGCAGAGAGAUCUCAGAGAGUCAAUAGCACAAAAAGAAGACCAAGAAGAAAGGAUAGCUACAUUAGAAAAACGCUACUUAACUGCUCAGAUAGAAACUACAUCCUUACGUGAUUUAAACGAUAAACUAGAGUCAGAGCUAGCUACCAAAGAUGGUCAAUUAAAAACAGUUAGAGAGAGAUUAAGGGUUGCUCUCGAGAAUGUUUCAACCCUAGAGGAGGAGCUUGCCACUGCCAACCAGGAGAGAUUAUCAAAUGGAUCUAUAGACCCGGAUUCUGAUGUGAAUAGAGUUAUAGAAUUACAAGAAACUGUUGAAAAACAGAACUCUGAACUUACAAAUACGCGAACAAAAAUGUUAGAAUUGAACAAUAAGUUUACUGAAGUUGAGGAGAAUUAUACAACUGCACAAAAGGAUUUAAUCAAAGCUCAGGAACAAGUUGUGAAACUACAGAGAGAUCUCAGAGAGUCAAUAGCACAAAAAGAAGACCAAGAAGAAAGGAUAGCUACAUUAGAAAAACGCUACUUAACUGCUCAGAUAGAAACUACAUCCUUACGUGAUUUAAACGAUAAACUAGAGUCAGAGCUAGCUACCAAAGAUGGUCAAUUAAAAACAGUUAGAGAGAGAUUAAGGGUUGCUCUCGAGAAUGUUUCAACCCUAGAGGAGGAGCUUGCCACUGCCAACCAGGAGAGAUUAUCAAAUGGAUCUAUAGACCCGGAUUCUGAUGUGAAUAGAGUUAUAGAAUUACAAGAAACUGUUGAAAAACAGAACUCUGAACUUACAAAUACGCGAACAAAAAUGUUAGAAUUGAACAAUAAGUUUACUGAAGUUGAGGAGAAUUAUACAACUGCACAAAAGGAUUUAAUCAAAGCUCAGGAACAAGUUGUGAAACUACAGAGAGAUCUCAGAGAGUCAAUAGCACAAAAAGAAGACCAAGAAGAAAGGAUAGCUACAUUAGAAAAACGCUACUUAACUGCUCAGAUAGAAACUACAUCCUUACGUGAUUUAAACGAUAAACUAGAGUCAGAGCUAGCUACCAAAGAUGGUCAAUUAAAAACAGUUAGAGAGAGAUUAAGGGUUGCUCUCGAGAAUGUUUCAACCCUAGAGGAGGAGCUUGCCACUGCCAACCAGGAGAGAUUAUCAAAUGGAUCUAUAGACCCGGAUUCUGAUGUGAAUAGAGUUAUAGAAUUACAAGAAACUGUUGAAAAACAGAACUCUGAACUUACAAAUACGCGAACAAAAAUGUUAGAAUUGAACAAUAAGUUUACUGAAGUUGAGGAGAAUUAUACAACUGCACAAAAGGAUUUAAUCAAAGCUCAGGAACAAGUUGUGAAACUACAGAGAGAUCUCAGAGAGUCAAUAGCACAAAAAGAAGACCAAGAAGAAAGGAUAGCUACAUUAGAGAAACGCUACUUAACUGCUCAGACAGAAACUACAUCUUUACAUGAUUUAAACGAUAAAUUAGAGUCAGAGCUAGCUACCAAAGAUGGUCAAUUAAAAACACUUGAAGAAAAAAUCAGAGUGCUGCAAGAAAAAUUAGAAGGGGCGGAGUCUAAAUUACAGCAGUCAUUACACAAAGCUGAAGCUCUGCCUACUGUGGAGGCGGAGCUACAGCAGAGAAUGGAGGCGUUGUCAGAGGCGGAGAGACGCCAUGGCUCAAUAGAGGAGAGAAUGCAGCAAUUAGAAUCCAAAGUUCAAGAGAAAGAUUCAGAAUUACAGAGGGUUAGAGAGAGAUUAAGGGUUGCUCUUGAGAGAGUUUCAACCCUAGAGGAGGAGCUUGCCACUGCCAACCAGGAGUUGUUUACAUUACGGGAACAGCAAACAAAAUCCCGCCAUUCCAGCGGCUCUACAGAGGAUGGUAGACAUUCAGUGAAGAAUGACCCGACAUCACCCCCACCUAGCUCAGAUCAUACUGUAGAAAAAGAUCAUCAUCCAAAGAGAUUAUCAAAUGGAUCUAUAGACCCGGAUUCUGAUGUGAAUAGAGUUAUAGAAUUACAAGAAACUGUUGAAAAACAGAACUCUGAACUUACAAAUACGCGAACAAAAAUGUUAGAAUUGAACAAUAAGUUUACUGAAGUUGAGGAGAAUUAUACAACUGCACAAAAGGAUUUAAUCAAAGCUCAGGAACAAGUUGUGAAACUACAGAGAGAUCUCAGAGAGUCAAUAGCACAAAAAGAAGACCAAGAAGAAAGGAUAGCUACAUUAGAGAAACGCUACUUAACUGCUCAGAGAGAAACUACAUCUUUACAUGAUUUAAACGAUAAAUUAGAGUCAGAGCUAGCUACCAAAGAUGGUCAAUUAAAAACACUUGAAGAAAAAAUCAGAGUGCUGCAAGAAAAAUUAGAAGGGGCGGAGUCUAAAUUACAGCAGUCAUUACACAAAGCUGAGAUUGAAAAAUUGAAGAAAGUGAUUAUUGAUAAGGAGUUGUAUUUAAGUGAAAAAGAACAAGCAUUGAAGGAGAAAGAGUUUGUGUUAACAGAAAAGGACCAUGUUAUUGAACGUUUGAAGUUAGAACAUAAGACAGUUAAGGAAAAUUAUCAAUCAGAGAUGAAGAAAUGUAUGGACAAAAUCAAGCAAUUGAAAAAAGAACAUAAGGGAACUUGUGAAAAGAUUGGCAUGUUAAAAAAGGAACUUGGUGAUAAAUCUGCACAGCUUGAACAGCAAGUGUGUAGUUUAGAAGAAAAAGACAUCAUGGUGGAGGAGUUGAAAUCUGAAAUCGAGACUUUAAACACGGAAGUGAGAAUGCUUGAAAAGUCAAGACAAGAGAGUAGGAAUCAGUUAGAAAAGUUAGGACAGGAAUAUGAAAAGAAAAUAGCAGAGAAGGAUAUGAAAAAGCAGGAAGCAGUGUCUAUUGUCGAAAAGAUUCUUAAAGCAAAAAAAGAUGAAGUUAACAGACUGAAGAAAGAGUUGGAAAAGAGGGGGUUGGAAAAAGUAUCUGAAAUAAAGAAAUGGAGAAGAGUAGAGCUGGAAAGAAAUUACAAUAUAUGGCAAACUGAAGUAGAGAAUCUGAAGAAGGAAGUGAUUCAAUUGAAGUUGGAGAGAGAUCAGUUGGGUAAUAGCAAGCAAAUGAAGGCGGGUAAAGUGUGGAGAAUGAAGCAAGAUGAAAUAGAUAAAAUUAAGAAAGACUGGCAAACUGAAGUAAAGAAUCUGAAGAAGGAAUGGAUAAAUUUGAAGGUUGAGUUGGAUCAAGUGUGCAAAAUGAAGCAAGGUGAAAUCAAUAACAUUGAAAAACGUAAAAAAAUUGAAUUAGAAAAACUGUAUAAAAGGAAAGAUGAAGAAAUACAAAAAAUGAAGAAGGAGAAAGAUGAUGAGAUAAAAAAGAUAAAGAGUUCUCAGCAAGAAGAAGACAUGAGUAAAACCAAAGAAACAAAGGAGUUGCAGAAAAGACUGAACGAUGUCUCAGAGUUGAACCGUGAGUUCCGUAAACAGAUAUCUGACUUGAAAAAAGAUAAAUGCGAAGCUGUAGAGAGGUACGUUGCUAUUUUACAGUGUAGUUUUUUAUUAAAGUAGUUAUUUUAUAGUGUUAUUAUACCCCCAAAAAUGAAGUUUGGGGGGGUAUAUAGGAGUCACCCGGUGGUCGGUCGGGCGGCCGGUCGGUCCAGACGUCCGUUGCAUUUUCCUUGUCCGGAGCAUAACUUGAAAACUUACGGUUGGAAUUCAAUAUAACUACAUACAAUGGUCAAGCACAUUGAGAGGAAGUGCAGUGCACAAGAACCAUAACUCUAUCUUGACUUAUUACAGAGUUAUUGCCCUUUGUUACUUUUCCUUGUCCGGGGCAUAACUUGAAAACUACUGGUUGGAAUUCAAAACAACUUCAUACAAUUGUCAAACACAAUAAGGGGAAGUGCAGUGCACAAGAACCAUAACUCUAUCUAAUUAAUUACAGAGUUAUUGCCCUUUGUUGCUUUUCCAUUGCUCUUUUUUUUUUGUCCUUUGCAUUUUCCUUGUCCGGAGCAUAACUUGAAGACUAAUAGUUGGAAUUCAAUAUAACUACAUACAAUGGUCAAGCACAUUGAGAGGAAGUGCAGUGCAUAAGAAACAUAACUCUAUCUUGACUAAUUACAGAGUUAUUGCCCUUUGUUACUUUUCCUUGUCCGUGGCAUAACUUGAAAACUACUGGUUGGAAUUCAAAACAACUUCAUACAAUUAUCAAACACAAUAAGGGGAAGUGCAGUGCACAAGAACCAUAACUCUAUCUAAAGUAAUUACAGAGUUAUUGCCCUUUGUUGCUUUUCAAUUGCCUUCUUUUUUUGUCCGGAGCAUAACUUGAAGACUAAUAGUUGAAAUUCAAUAUAACUACAUACAAUGGUCAAGCACAUUGAGAGGAAGUGCAGUGCACAAGAACCAUAACUCUAUCUAAAGUAAUUACAGAGUUAUUGCCCUUUGUUGCUUUUCAAUUGCCUUCUUUUUUUGUCCGGAGCAUAACUUGAAGACUAAUAGUUGAAAUUCAAUAUAACUACAUACAAUGGUCAAGCACAUUGAGAGGAAGUGCAGUGCAGAAGAACCAUAACUCUAUCUAAAGUAAUUACAGAGUUAUUGCCCUUUGUUGCUUUUCAAUUGCCUUCUUUUUUUGUCCGGAGCAUAACUUGAAGACUAAUUGUUGGAAUUCAUUAUAACUUCAUACAAUGGUCCAGCACAUUGAGAGGAAGUGCAGUGCACAAGAACCAUAACUCCAUUUUGACUUAUUACAGAGUUACUGCCCUUUGUUUCUUUUCAUUGUCCAGAGCAUGACUUUAAAACUACUGGUUGGAAUUCAAAACAACUUCAUACAAUGGUCAAGCACAAUAAGGGGAAGUGCAGUGCACAAGAACCAUAACUCCAUCUUGACUAAUUACAAUGUUAUUGCCCUUUGUUACUUUUCCAUUGCUUUCUUUUGUCCGGACCAUAACUUGAAGACUUAUUGUUGGAAUUCAUUAUAACUUCAUACAAUGGUCAAGCACAUUGAGAGGAAGUGCAGUGCAUAAAAACCAUAACUCCAUCUUGACUAAUUACAGAGUUACUGCCCUUUGUUACUUUUCCUUGUCCAGAGCAUGACUUGAAAACUACUGGUUGGAAUUCAAAACAACUUCAUACAAUGGUCAAGCACAAUAAGGAGAAGUGCAGUGCACAAGAACCAUAACUCCAUCUUGACUAAUUACAGAGUUAUUGCCCUUUGUUACUUUUCCUUGUCCAGAGCAUAACUUGAAAACUACUGUUUGGAAUUCAGUACAACUUCAUACAGUUGUCAAGGACAUUCAAAGGAAGUGCAGUGCAUAAGAGCCAUAACUCCAUUUUGACAAAAUACAGAGUUACUGCCCUUUGAUACUUUUCCUUGAUCGGAGCAUAACUUAAAACAUACUGGUUGGAAUUCAAAACAACUUCAUACAAUGGUCAAGCACAAUAAGGGGAAGUGCAGUGCACAAGAACUAUAAUUCUAUCUUCAGUAUUUAUAGAGUUAUUGCCCUUUGUUCUUUUUCUUUGUCUUUCUGGACUUAUUACAGAGUAAUUCAAUUAAACUUCAUCAAUGGCCAACCACAUUGAAAGGAAAUGCAACAUACAUGAACCACAAUUAUCUUUAAUUGCCCACAACCAUAACUUUAUGUUUCAAUUCUUUUACAAGGUAUUCUGUUACUAGUAACAUCCUCAUUUCCGAAGCAGACUUGUGGGGGUAUUAAUCACAUUUAGUGAUAGUUCUAGUUUUUGAUACUGGAAGUAAAAUUGUGCCUCUCCAAGAGUAAAUGGUGAGUGUUUAGGUAUAGGUAAAAUAAUUUUACAUUUUGUCAUUUUUGAUUUCAAUUUUAUAAAAAGCGUUACAUGAGUAAUCAA